AUGUCGACUCUGUCGAGAAUAGGACUCAAGGUCCCCCAGCAGGGACUGUUCGGGGGAGAGGCGCGGAAGUUUUACUAUGAGGUGUGCCGCUGCGUGCCGUUCAUCCAGAAGGCGAUGAAGCUGGAUGAGAUUGUGUCUGUGCGCGACAUCCGCAGCGUGGUGAAGGAGAAGUUCAAGGAGUACAAGGACGUCAAGGACCAGCGGGUAAUUGACCUGCUCAUCUUCAAAGGGAGGCAGGAGCUGGAGACGUACCUGACGCUGCACAAGAACCGGCACCACGCGAUCACCGAGUACCUCGACCCCAUCAUCCGCAGGAACAAGGGCCACACGCUGCCCGCGCCGCAGCACAGCGCGUUCAUGGAGUCCUUCCUCGGCGGCAACAGCGCCGCGCCCACCGGCAAGUGA